UCUGCGCGGUGGAGUGUAUUGCUGAAGACGCAAAUAUGUGAAAAUAUCUGGUGGAAUUUGUAGAAAAUAUCAAAAUUAACUUAGGAUGUGUGAUGAUUAUGAUACAGACUUUGAUUCUGAUCCCGACGAAUUUGAUCGAUGCAAUUUGAGAGAUGAUAUUCAGCGAAUCAAUCUUGCGCUCGCGGCGGACAGCGACGACGAGCCUUCAGAUGWAGAAGACGACGACGCUGAAGAGGAAGAAUCUGGUCUGUCGAAGUUUUCUCACUUCAAAGCGUCCAAUCUUACAGACCCGACAACAAGCAUCAGUGCAGACCAGAGUAAUUCAGUGCAGCCACCUUACCCAGAACCAACAGUAAUAGACCUGGAAGAAAUACCAACUUACACUGAACUCAAGACAAGAACAUCUACGGACUGUCAACCAAGUACUACUCACUUCUUAAACAGCUACAAUGCUGAACAAGGGACUGAACAAUCACUACUGAACUCAGCCGAAGGAGAAAUAUCUACAAUAUCAUCUUCGUGGACAGUGGAACAUGAACUUUACAAUUUUACCAAUGUCCAGAAAGAUUUUAGGGAAGACACCCAGGGGAAUAACAUCACCGGUGUAAGCAGGCUUUCUCGGCUMGACAGAGAAGUGCUCCAACAUUGCUUGGCACGAAACAGGGAAACCCAGACUCAACUCAUAAGGGAAAUUCGUCUGAUCGACCUAUGUUUAAACGAAAACAAAAGAAAGAAGUUGGAUUUAGCCCAAGUAAGAUACAAUCAUGAAGCUGAUGAUGAAAACGAUUUGAAAGCAUUGCCUUCUUUACACAAGUUUUCCAGUCCAUACUUUAAAGACUCAGAGGGCAAUGGACCACCGGACAAUGAAGAUGCCAAGCACUAUCGCAGUCUGAUGAAGAUAAACCCAUAUGACAAGAAGCCGACAACAUGGAAUAAAAACGAAAAAGCUGAUCUUGCUGAGGGUGUUCGAAUGCAGAAUCUUAAGUUAAAACUUGCUCCAUUACUAAUGAGAUUAAAAGAACUUGAAAGCCUUGCAGGAGGAUUGAGCAUCAUAGAAAUAGAGAACUUAAAACAGAAGAUCAGGAAAGUAAAAGAAACUCCACCAGAAGAGUUGGAAGAAAAUCUUGAUGGACUUGAUUGGGACAAACUUAGUUGUGAAUAUCUUUCAAGACGCAGUGCGAUGGAGUGCAAACUCGAAUGGUGUCAUUUUGGACAUCCUCGUGUGAAUAGAAAGCCCUGGACAAAAACAGAGGACAAAACAUUGCUAAAACUUGCUAAAGGAAAAGGGCAUUUGAACUGGAAUGAAUUAGCUCAAACUCUUCAGACAAACAGAACCCCCUUAGAAUGCUUUAAGAGAUACCAGAGAAGUCUCAAUAAGGAGUUUAUCAGAAGUAAGUGGACUCCUGAAGAAGACAAGCAACUCAUAGAGCUAGUGAGAACAUUUGGGAUAAGCAACUGGUCAAGAAUUGCUGACUUCAUGGAGGGUCGGGUUGGUGAACAGUGCAUGCAUAGAUACAUGAAAGCUUGUAGACCAAACAAGAAAGGAAGAUGGUCUGAAGAUGAAAGUCAGAAAUUGAAAGAAGCAGUGGAAAAAGUCGGGAGAAAUUGGGAAAAAGUGGCUGAAUAUGUACCGGGACGAACAGGAACGCAGUGCAGAGAACGUUAUGUCAAUAUAAUGGAUCCCAAUUUGAAGAAAGGUGGAUGGAGUGAUGAAGAGGAUGAAAAACUCUUGAAUCUUAUACAGAAAUAUGGCGAAGGUAAUUGGUCCAAGGUUGCCAGAGAGCUCGCUCCCAGGACAGACAACCAAUGCUGGAGGCGAUGGCAUGUACUGAGAAGAAACGAGUCAAUCAAUUAUCGCAUUAAUACUGUCCGGAAGAAGAGAGAAAUGGUUUCUAACUUUGUUGGACGAAGAAAAGAAAGACCGACCCUGACACCCAUGGAUUUGGAUAUUCAAGAUCUUCCUGUCAUUAUCCGAGAUGAAAGAAAGAAAAUAGUAAGUCAACCUAGUGUAAAAUCUACCAAUACUACACCAGUUUUCAAGUUAAAACCCAAGAAUGUCCUAAAGCCUGCAAAACCUGACACUAAGAAAACUCCAAAGCAAAAAAUUGUUGUUAAGCCGCCAAAAGAGCCGUACGUUCCAUGGAGCGACCACUCCUAUGCAGCAGCGUUGCCUAAAAAUGUCCAAAAGGUGAAAGACGUGGAAAAAACUGUAAAUGAAUCGAAUCAUGGGGAAUCGAAUGAGAUAAAAUCUGAAGUGCUGGUGCUUUCUAGUGACGACGACUGGGAUGAUAGCGAAGUCCUAAUUGACGAAAGUAUUCUUGGUACCAGAUCAAGUGCCAGGAAAACGAAGAAAAGUGUCAGUUAUGUCGAGAAAGACGAAAAGGACAUCUCAAGUGACGAAGUUACUAGUGACGAAGAUGACGUCACAGCUGUUAAAGAUGACGUCACUGUUAAAGUUAAUAAGAAUGACGUGACUGUUAAAGAUGAUAUCUCUAUUAAAGAGGAUGUAACUACUGUUGAUAAAGAUCAAAUUGAGGAUGAUGAUAAAGCUGAUAAGGUUGAGAAAGAUCGCAACAACGUUGCAGCUGAUGUUAAAGAAAUAACUAUGGUUGAUAAAGAUGAUAAAGACGAAGAUGUCGGCCUUACUGUAAAAGAUGACGUCGCAAUUGAUAAAGAUGAUAUCAUUGACAAAAAUGACGUCGGUUUUGCUAGAGAUGACGUCAGUAUUGAUAAAGAUAAUGCCAGCGAUAGAAAUGAUGACUUCAGUAUCGAUAACGACGACGUCACUUCGAUGGGUAUAGAUGACGUCAGUGAAAAUAAAGAUGACAGCAGUAUCAAUGUAGAUUGCAUUUCUGCAGUUGGAAACGAUAUCACUACUGAUAAAGAUGAUAUCACUGCACACGAUAAAUAUAACGUCCCUGCUGUCAAAGGCGACAUGCCUGUUGACCCUUCUAUUAAAGAUGACGUCACUGCACGCGAUAAAGGUGACGUCACUGCUGGUAACGGUGACUUGCCUUUUGACUCUUUUGGUAAAGAUGACACCACGACACGCAGUAAAGAUGACGUCACUGAUUUUAAAGAUGACUUGUCUGUUGACUCUUCAAGUAAAGAUGACGUCACAACACGCGAUAAAGGUGACGUCACUGCUGUCAAAGGGGACUUGCCAGUUGACCCUCCAAGUGAAGAUGACAUCACUGCAUUGGAUAAAAGUGUGAUAAAUGUGAACGAUGAAGAGGACGUCAUCACAAUGGAGGACAAUGACGUCAGUGCAAAUGAUAUCACUGAAGAUAAAGAUUUUUCUAACUUGACAGAUGACGAUGACGUCAUCGAUGAUAACAACGACGACAUUGUCGAUAAACAUGACGUCGCUAUUGAGCAAGCUGUUUUUACUUUUGAUCAACAAGAUAUUCCUGUUGGUGAAGUUCUCAUUCCUGUUGAUAAUGCUGAAAGCGAGGUUGAUAUUCCUCUUGUUUCUACUGAUGGGAAUGACAAGCAAGGACAAAGAUCAGAGAAGACUAAACCAAACCCAUCACUAAAGAAAACCAGGAAAAAACGCAAGAAGCGAACUUUAAAACCGGAAAGCCAGACGAGCAACAAGAAAGAGACAAAUACCUCUAGAGAAGAACAGCAUGACGGAAGCUUUCUAUUUUUAUCGAUUCCAUCCUUUCCUAGUAUGAUGAAAAAACGAAAGGCUCCACAAAAGCAGAAAAAAACGAAGAAAACUGUAACCGCAUCCAAACAGGCCUCAACACCUAUUCUCCCUAAUACGAAGAGUAUCGCAAGUACUGUAGACAAAGCCAGCAUAACUCCUAGAAUUCCCACACCAGUCCAGAAACUUACUCCCGUCCGUGCCAUUACACCGGUUCAGAUCGUUCGCACCAAUACACCACAAAGUAACAAUCCAAACAUUACAUUCAAAGCCGUACCAACUAAUAGUCCUAUAGUACUAAGGCCCACUGAUACAAACAGCAGGACGAAUACUAGUACACCGCCCAAUAGCAGCCCGACAGUGCCUAGUGCAUCCAUUCAACCAAGUACUUCUACGACCGCAAAAACUGUUGUCACAUCAAGUAAUGCUGCCUUAAGGAAUAAAAGAGCAAUUGCACCAAAACCAGCCGAUGGAAGCGUUCCUAAUCUUGCUUCACAAACUCCGCAAACUGCAAAACGGAGGCGAAAAAAUGCAAAGAAAAUAAGAAAUGAGCCUUCAAAAGAAAAUGUUGUAGCUAAGGCACCAACACACCAAGCGAACGUAGCCCCGUUUUCGCUAUUAUUACAAGCUUUUAAUAUUGAUGUUGCUGCAGUUUUGAUGAAGCUUAACCCCGGAGCACCCUUGAUGACGACUACAAGCAAGCAGUCUUCCAAUGAAACAAACUCUGCAAGUGUAACUAAAACUGCAUCCAAUAUCCAGUCUAAAAAGGAUAUUGUGUCACCUCUCCCCUUGGUAAGUAGGAAACCGCUACCACUUCAAACGGCAAAAAGCGAUAAAGCUAGAGAUGUAGGACCAAGGACAGUAUCUACUGCGCAGAAUCAAAUAUCUAACGCACCUUCGAGUACUCAGCGUGAAACAGAUACUGCGCAUGCUCAUAAAGUCACUGCAGCGCCACUUUCUGGGCAAGUGUUGAAUAACAACAAAGAUCUUUUGCCAGUAGCAAAGGCUUUGUCAAAUCAAUGCGAUGAUAAAAGAUUAUCCAAAACGCCUGGUGUAAAGCCUGAUGAACAAAGAACCAAAUUAGGAGACUCCGAGUCACAAACUCAUGAAAAGGAUGCACAGCCAGCAGUUGUGGCCUCAUUGCCAGUGGCUCAAAAAAGUGCAAAACCAUUAGACGAGUCAGAGUCAAAGACCACAGAGAAUAAAGAUGAACAUACAACAGUCGAGACGUCAUCAGUAGUUCAAAAAAGAACCCAAGAGUUUGGAGAGUCGGAGUCAAAGACUUCAGAAAAUAAGAAUGAACAUCCAACAGUCGAGACCUCGUUAUCAGUAGCUCAACAAAAAACCCUAACAUUUGGAGAGUUAGAGUCAAAGACUGCAGAGAAUAAAGUUAAACAGUCACAAGUUCUUAGUACAAAAUCACAUCCCAAGGAAGCAGCAACGUCACAUGCAUUGACGUCACUUCCCCCGGAUGUAUCAAUACCAGCUGGGCAAGUGCAUAGCGCACCAUCUGUUACGUCAGUACAAAGUAGUAAUCACACCAUAAGUAAUGGUCCAUCUUCAAACAAGGAAUCAUCUACCAUGAAUACCACUUCAUCGCCACAAACCAAAACAAAAAAUCCAAAAGAAUUUCGAUCGCCAUCCAGACGUAAAUCAAGUAAGCCAAGAAAAUUGAUUGAAAUGGGCUCGCCUACCGCUAGUUCACCGGCAUCACCUGGAGGUCAAAAAUCCCCUGCGAGUCCCGACACAACAGAACCUGCAGGAAAUAGCGCUCCCAAGGAAGUGGUUUCACCAAGUCAUAAAAACACUGACCGCCCUCCACCUUCUAUUCCUCCACUUCCACCGACGUUAACUACUUUAAAAGGCUUGCGGAAUAUACUUUCGAUGAAGGAACAAUUGCAAAAACUCGCCGCUAAAAUUGAUUCCGUACCAAGUUCGCCUAAGAAGAGAAAGUCCAGUUCAACUGAAAGGAGGGAAUUUUCCCCGAGUAGAAUUCCAGGUUCAAAUAAUAAAGCAAAUAAGGACAAACCUAAAACUCACGGCACAACGAAUAUUCUACCAAACAGACCAGCGAGACAAGAUGCAAUUACUCCAGUAGAUGUAAUACGUACUGAAAAUGACGAAGAAUUAGUCGUCGUUCAUAUUAACGCUCCUACAGUAUUGUCAGAAUCUCCACCUGAAGAGCAAAUAAAUAUAAAUCCAAGAACUGUCACAGAACAGCAGACGACAAGACUUGAUAAUCGAGUGGUCCAUACAGAUGUUCCCCCUUCAGAGGGGUCGUCAUUUACAUCUCCCAGCGGCAGGUCUACCAUAGAUCCUUAUGUGAAAUUCUCGUUGUAUAGAAAGGCGCCAGAAUACAAGCUUCUUUUAGCGCGCUUUCAAAGCCUGUUUCUUUGGCCCAUGUUCAUGUCAGACGUUGCUGUGUCCAGUAAGUUGAUUCCUACUGUCCAUAGUCGAUUGGCUUCAGCCGUGGACUCGUCCGAAGAAGACGCGUCGUCACAGGAAGGGAUCACCAAUAAAACAAAAACGUCAAGUAAAAGAAUUAAAAAAAAGACAACUCAAGGACCUUCUAAACGCCGUAAAAGUUCAAAUACACAAUCUAUUAAUAAGAAAAAUUUAGCUAAUAAAAGAAGUCAAGAUGACGACUCGACUGAUGAUUCAGAAAGUGAUGACGUCAUUAAACUUGAUGCUGGUGACGAUGAAUACAGACCUCAGUUCAAUUUUAAAUCCGAUAAAGUAACGCCAUCUAGGAUAUUAAGGCCGAGAAAGCGAGAUUAUAAAUCGGCCUUACAGACCAAUCAAGACUCAAAUAGUGAAUCAGAUGAUUGUUCUACAACCAAGAAAAAGAGUCAAACUUCUUUGCUACGGAAUGACGUAACACCUGCAACUACACAGGAAUCCCGGAAUCCAGUUGCACCAUCUGGUCAUGUAGUUGUAACAAAAAAGCCAAGAAAGUCGGGGGGUCAAGUAAAUAAGAGAAAAAACAGCAAACAAUCACGUARUUUGAAUAAGGAAAAACAAGGAAGCCGUCAGAGCAAUCCAUCCAGUUCAUUUAGCCUUUCAUCCAUUGCGCUAAACGUACAGCAAUCCCUCGGUAUCUCAAAUGKUUUACAACAGGAAGCCCAACAGUCAAAUGUGCCAUCAACCUCUAAUUCUAGCGUUAUGUCGACCACUGUUAGCAAGAGACAGGGCGRGGCGCCGUCAAAUUCUGAAYCUAAUGCUGCGGAGAGUCUUUUAUCACUSAACAGCACUGUAGUACCAAAAACAGAAACGCAAAACAACCAUCGGCAGACGUGUAAAGAAACCAAGGGUGGUCCUUGAAGGACAACUGUGCAGCUUAAAGGUCCAAAUUGCUGAGUGGAUGGCUCGGUUGGCUUCAGUAGGAAAGUGCUCGAAAGUGGCCGAYAUAUUGAAGAGCAUUGAUGCACGCACAACAGAUGUGUCAGUUUGGAAUACGAUCAAUGAAUAUAGGGACCAAGUAUUGAAGAUAUAAUAUAUAUAUAUUCGGAAAAUGUCAGCGUUGAACUGAAGACACCUAGUCUGUGGUCUUUAAGAAAAUAUCCUAAUUCAUAUUGUUUUCGAUCAAUAUGAUCUUGAACUGGAAUUCCUGCAGCAAAUUACAGUGUUUGCCCAGGUGAUUGUUUCUGGAGUGAUCCAGCUGCCUUCGACAUCUGCCUGAAGGAUAAKAAGCAAUUCAUUGUGGAACUUGCACAAAUAUAAUGCAGUUUGUAUAUUAUUUCAAUUUUUUUCUAAAUAGUUCUAUAUUGUGAGAUUAUAUUUUUCCAUUGAUGAUUUUUAUGGUAUUUAGUGCUAAUUGUAUAGUACUGUUUCGCGGAUAUCUUUCUACUUGCAGAUUAAAUGAAAAACCAUAUUUCACAAAAUACUAUAGAGUCAGAAACCAAAGUGUGAAACGUGAUAUGUGCAAAUCGUUUUAYUUUUUUUCUAUAAAUCGUUGGCUUCUUAUUCUUAURAACAUUGYGCCCAUGUGGGAUAAGRGAGYAAAUCAUUUCUGAGCACGCGUGUUAAGUUAUAGAUUUGUAAUUUCCUUAUUUCGCUUUGCUUAUAAUGUUCAACCAUAGCAUGGUUCAACGUCGUUAACUAUCAAAAAGCCCUAAUCAAUCCUUCGGCCGACGACCGCAAAGAAACGAUUUGCACUGUGAUCURCACUCUUCAAUAGCUUGGAGAAUUCCUUGUCAACCACGAUAACACUUCUAGAGAUUUAUUGACGUGAUCAAAUAACAAAUUAGCGGAGAUCUUUUCUUUGAAUUGACAUUUAGCUAAGUUUCACUAUGAUAUCAUGCGUCUAUGCUAGGCCAUCUGGACGGUAAACCCAUCCCAUGAAACUCGACACUUAAGUCAUUCCGUGACAGUUCAUGAUGCGUUUCAGGGGUUUUUUUUCUUAGGCAGCAGCUUGUUUAUAUUGCGCUAAUAGUCCUAUUCUUUUGUGCUGAGAGUUCAUCAGAAAACCAAUACGUGGCAACUAUUCAGAGGGGCUAUGUACAUACAAACAGAUUUGUUUUGCUAAGGGAGAAUGCUUGUUUCACAAGUAUGGGUCUGUUUUGUUUUUUGUUUUUUUUUGUUGAAAGGCGAAAUUCAAGGACAAUCACUGUCCCUCAUACACAAGCCGAACCUUUACAAAACACUGAUUUAUUGACUUUUAAAAGCAAUAUAUUGGUUUCGAUUAACUUAUUUCUUUGAAGGCAUUUCAAUUCUGAAACAAAAUACCUCC